CGCUAGUUUUUAAUUUUCGGAGUUGAUGAUGAUGGGCGAUGAGAGGAUGGAGGUUGCCUUCUUCGAUGUUGAAACUACUGUACCAACCCGACCCGGACAAGGAUUUGCGAUCUUAGAGUUUGGGGCUAUUCUUGUUUGUCCAAGGAAGCUCGUCGAGCAAGAGACUUAUUCUACUCUCGUAAGGCCCACUGAUCUCUCCCUCAUUCCCACCCUCUCUGUUCGCUGUAACGGCAUUAACCCGGAAGCAGUCACAUCUGCUCCCACCUUCGCUGAAAUCGCUGACAAAGUUUAUGACAUUCUCCAUGGGAGAAUAUGGGCAGGCCACAAUAUACUGAAAUUUGAUUGUCACCGGAUACGGGAAGCAUUUGCUGGGAUUAAUAAGCCAGCACCAGAGCCUAUAGGAAUUAUUGAUACAUUGGCCUUAUUGACUCAGAGAUUUGGAAGGAGAGCUGGUGACAUGAAGCUGGCCUCUCUUGCUACUUAUUUUGGCCUUGGACAGCAAAUACAUAGGAGUUUGGAUGAUGUCCGAAUGAAUCUUGAAGUGCUGAAGUACUGUGCAACUGUCUUGUUUAUGGAAUCUAGCCUGCCAGACAUAUUUACAGAGAAUAGUUGGGUGUCUCCUAAUGCUAUUACAAGAAGCCGAACAAUUGGGAGAGCUACUCCAGAGAAGACGGGCUUCAGUGCAGAUACACCCUCACCAAGCAUCAAGAUAGAAAGUCAUGUCGAAUCUACAGCAGAAAUCAAUCCAUUUAACAUGGACGAAUUGGAAGAGUCCCUUCUGUCAGAAGUCAUGGAAGAUGAAUCUGGUUCAUAUUCUCCAGGAUCUGCCACAACUGCAACUGAGAGCUUCAUUGGCUGGACUGACUUCUUAGAACCAAAUGAAAUCUCCAUACCUUCUGUCUCUGUAAGUCUUAUCCCUUUUUAUCGUGGGUCUCAGAAGAUACAAGUAUUGCACGACUAUGGUGAACUACUAGUUUGUUGUAGACGAAUGAAGGUGCGGUUUGAUAUUAGUAAAAAGUAUGUUAAUAAGGCUGGUUGGCCACGACUGAGUUUUGUGGUUGAUGCAUCAUCGGACCUGUGCAAAAUCUUGGAUGUAGUUGAUGAUCGGGCUCAAAAGCUAUCUGUGGACUCAAGUAGCAGCUCAGAGUGGAGGCCUGUGGUAACUAGAAAGCCUGGAUUUAUGAACUAUCCUACUGUCCGUUUAAAUUUACCAACUGUUAUAGAUGGCAAUAUUUUCCGUUGGAUCACGGAGAUAUACCAGAAAGAAUCUUCCACAACAGAGAAGCUCGUGAUCUUUAGUAAAUUUGAUGUGGAAGAACUGGAAUCCUUGAUAACAGCGGGAACGUUCGUGGAUGCUUACUUCUCAGUGGAUUCAUAUGACGUCCAACAGAAUGCUGGCAUCCGCUUAGUAGCAAACAAGUUGAUUAUCCAUUCCACCUGAUAAACCAGAUCCCAGAUUUGACUUGUAUAUCUUAAACUUAGGUUGAACUUGGACUGUUUAUAAGAUUUCACAAGAAAGUCGGUGUGAAAUCUGUCAAGAGUGAGAUUUAAUUUGCUGUCUCUUGCUGGAUGAAUUGAAAAAUGAAAGGUUUGUCAUACUUUGACUUUGUAAAUGAUUUUUAGAUCAAUCGCUUCCAAAUAUAGAAGCAACCAAUGUUUACUCCUUAACUCGCUU